AUGGAAAGUGAGCCCAAGAAUAAGACCAUUGUUUGGUUCAGAAGGGAUUUAAGGAUUGAGGAUAAUCCUGCCUUGGCUGCUGCUGCUAGGGAUGGAAGUGUACUACCAGUUUUCAUAUGGUGUCCUAAAGAAGAAGGGCAGUUUUAUCCGGGCAGAGUUUCAAGAUGGUGGAUGAAGCAUUCUUUAAUUAACUUGGCCCAGUCCUUGAAAUCUCUUGGAGCAGAACUGGUUCUGAUCAAAGCUCAGAGUACUCUGUCUGCUCUUUUGGAAUGUAUUGCUGCUGUUGGGGCUACCAAAUUAGUAUAUAAUCAUCUUUACGAUCCUGUUUCACUGGUUCGUGAUCACAACAUUAAGCAGAAGUUAGGAGAGCUUGGUAUUUGUGUACAAAGUUUCAAUGGGGAGUUGUUACACGAACCAUGGGACGUGUAUGAUAAUGAUGGUCAGGCUUUUACUACCUUCAAUGCAUUUUGGGAUAAAUGCUUGGUCACGCAAGGAGAACCAGCUUCACAUCUUCCUCCAUGGCGGCUAGUCCCUUGUGCAGGAUCUGUGGAUAGAUGUUCAAUCGAGGAAUUGGGUCUUGAAGAUGAAUCGGAAAAGUCUAGUAAUGCUUUACUUGGAAGAGGAUGGUCACCAGGUUGGAGCAAUGCUGAUAAGGCUUUAACUGAGUUUGUAGAACUUCAUUUGUUACAUUAUGCCGCUGACAGGGUCAAAGUUUCAGGAAACUCCACUUCCCUCCUGUCUCCCUGUUUACAUUUUGGCGAAUUAAGUGUCAGGAAGGUUUUCCAUUUAGUACGUAUGAAACAUAUACUCUGGGCCAAGGAAGGGAAUUCAACUGGGGAAGAUAGCGCAAAAUUGUACCUUAAGGCUCUAGGGCUUAGAGAAUACUCUCGCUACAUAUGUUUUAACUUCCCAUUUACUCAUGAAAGGUCAUUGCUAGGCAACCUAAAAUAUUUCCCCUGGAAUGCUGAUCAGUCACAUUUUAAGGCUUGGAGACAGGGUCGAACUGGCUAUCCAUUAGUUGAUGCAGGAAUGCGAGAACUUUGGGCAACUGGAUGGAUACACAAUAGGAUAAGAGUAAUUGUGUCAUGUUUCUUUGUUAAGUUCUUACUUCUUCCAUGGCAGUGGGGGAUGAAGUAUUUUUGGGAUACUCUCCUGGAUGCAGACUUGGAAAGUGAUAUUCUUGGCUGGCAGUAUAUCUCUGGAGGCUUGCCUGAUGGGCAUGAGCUCGAACGCUUAGAUAACCCAGAGGUUCAGGGAUUUAAAUAUGAUCCUGAGGGUGAAUAUGUGAGGCAUUGGCUACCCGAGCUGGCAAGAGUUCCGGCUGAGUGGAUCCACCACCCCUGGGAUGCACCUUCAGCUGUGCUUAAAGCUUCAGGAGUGGAGUUAGGAUUGAACUAUCCAAAACCAUUAAUCGACUUUGAUCAAGCCAGGGAUCGCCUUACAGAAGCUAUAUUUCUUAUGACAGGAAAGGAAGCAGCUUCAAAUGCUGCUCAUGUGGAUGGAACAGGUGAGGUUGUUUUUGACAACUGUGAAACAAAGGAUUAUGAGGGCAAUGCAGUGGUGGUUUCAAAAAAAGUAAGGUGUCCCCCUAGCUCUUCUCAUGAUCAAAAGGUUCCAUCAAUGCACUAUUCUAAUAGUGGUGCGUUGAACAAAAAGAGAUCACUGCACAUUAUGGAUGAAAAACCGAUGCCUACCACGGACAAAAAACCGAUAAAUGAUAACUUGCAAUUUUGCAAUGUUAAUGGUGAGACCUCGAAAAUGGAUGACGAUCUAUGCUCUACUGCAGAAUCCUCUGCGGCAAAGAAACAGGCCUCAAGCAGCAGAGCUUCCUUUGGUGUUCCAGACGCCAUUUCUUUACUGUCAAACGACCAACCUUAUCAGGAGUAUGAAUCUCCUCACCUCAGAAAGCAAUUAGAAGACAGUAACCCAGAAGUGAAUUCACAGCGAAACAGAGCUGUAGGGGUCUAA